AUGGCCAGCAACAGCGGAGAGCCAGCGCAGGCCGUCGAGGGCAUGGACGGCGCCUCGUCGAGCUCAGCACAGGAGUCCUAUUCAUUCCCGACCGAUAGGCUGAAGAGAGUCAUGGAUGAUCCGUCGAAGACUCCUCUGCUGCUAGUUGCCUGCGGUUCCUUCUCGCCUAUCACCUAUCUACAUCUGCGGAUGUUCGAGAUGGCGGCCGACUUUGUCAAAUUCAGCACGAAAUUCGAGCUCAUUGGGGGUUAUCUGUCACCUGUAUCGGAUGCAUACAGGAAAGCCGGUCUUGCUUCUGCGUCACAUAGGUUGGUUGCUGUUCCUGCCCUCGAGACUACGGUGGUGAUAAACAUGUGUCGGUUGGCCGUGGAUAAGACGUCAGAUUGGCUGAUGGUCGAUCCGUGGGAAGCUAUACAGAAAGAAUACAGUCCUACUGCACAGGUUUUGGACCACUUUGACAAGAUUAUCAACCACGAACAUGGCGGUAUAGACACUGGGGAUGGUACCAGGAGGCCGGUGCGGAUAGCUUUGCUCGCCGGAGCUGAUCUGAUCCAUACUAUGUCCACGCCAGGAGUUUGGAGUGAAGAAGAUUUGGACCAUAUUCUGGGAAAAUAUGGCACAUUUAUCGUCGAACGCAGCGGCACUGACAUCGACGAAGCAAUUGCUGGGCUGCAGCCAUGGAAAGAAAACAUCUAUGUCAUACAACAGCUCAUCCAGAAUGACGUCAGCAGUACCAAGAUCCGACUAUUCCUCCGGCGAGAGAUGAGUGUUCGCUAUCUUAUCCCGCAUCCUGUGAUAGAAUACAUCGAAGAUCAUCACUUGUAUGAGGACGAAGGUGCUGGUAGCUCGAGCUCAAACCUUCAAGAGAAAGGAAAGGGAAAGUAG